GCUCCUCCGGAGAAGGAGCUCAUCGCGGCGUUGCAACAGUAUGCGCGAGAGGGGCUUCCCCUACAGCGUCGCAUUGUGCGUCUCAGAGAGGACUUCGGCUACAAGAUUGGGACGACCAAAUUCAAGGCCCUCCAGAACAAGUAUAAUAUCGCGCGCGUCCGCAAGCCUCCGCCCCGCCCCAUUGCGACGACUCUUAUUUGCAAGAAGAUCGCGGAGGACACGGAUCACUGCAAAGGCCCCAACCAGAUCAAAGCCAUACUUGCCACGGAAGGGUACCAGAUACCGAGG